CUCUGAUACGUACCUGAGCUUACAGCCUCGAAAACACCAAAGAUAUCCCCCCACCUCCCACCCGACCCCAGACGUGAGACAGAGCACCCCAUUAGUUAGUUUCCGGCACAGGUUGCCUCAUGUGCGCUUGCCGGCAGGCCGACCAGAGGUGACGAUCGCGGCCAUGGAACGGGGCGGAUCCAGCGCAUCGCGGGCCCUCUUUCCCAAGGGCCCCAGUUUCACCCUCGACGACUUCUCCAACAAAGACUUUAUUGUCCGAGACUUUGUCGACUCCCUUGCCGAGAGCGCCGUUCCUGCCAGCCGUCGCUCUGGCCCGGCGCAUCAUGCCUUUGACCCGAAGCCCCUGAUAAGGACCUUUGAGAACGCCCUGUCGCAGUUGGGAGCCCUCUCAGAGGAGCUGCAAGAAAAGGAAUCAGAGCUGCUGUCGCAGGUCCGCCGCGCCGAGAUCCAGCAUGAUCAGACCCUCGAGACGCUGGGCCGCAAGCUCGAUCAGUCCAUGGCCCAGUUCGAGGCCCUCGACCUAACACUCAACAACCCCGGCACCGCGGUCAAUGGAUCGAGUCGCGCCGACGGUGGUGGGAAUAUUGCUGUGCAGAUUGGCGAGAAACUCGAGGAGCUGGACAGGAAGCGGAGGAAGGCGCUGGACGCCAACUUCCUGAUCCAAUGCUGGAUGGAAGUGACCGAGACGGGCCAAUUGACGUCGCUCGAGGAGAUCCAGCGGCAGGGAGGCGCCGAGAAUAAGGUUCGCUGCGCCGUCAUUGCUCGCCAGUUGAUGCGCAUCAGCCAGCGCCUGGAUCCCACAUCAUGGGGCCAGACAAGCAACGGAUUUCGAGGCAACGGCGUCACCAACGGCGUCACAGGCACAAACCGGCGCCACAACACGAGGGAGGCUCUGGAGAAGUUCUCCGAGUCGCUGGAGCAGGACUUGCUCACGCAGUUCAACAACAGUUACCGUCGCCAAAACUUUGACGACAUGAGGGAGUGUGCGAGGGUGUUGCAUGACUUCAACGGCGGCGCCAGCGUCAUUGCCGCCUUCGUCAACCAACACCAGUUCUUCAUUGACCGCGACCAGCUCAUCACCGACGAGGUCACUACCGAUAGCGAUACCUGGGAUCAGCUCGCCGACCCGGAUUCGGAUCCUCCCGGCGUCGAGCCGAGCCUGCAGUCUCUUGUCGAUGAAGUCAGGAUCGUGAUGCAAGAAGAGUCUUUCAUCAUCAAGAGGGCGUUCCCCUACUACGAGACAGUUCUCAUCAAGUUCAUACAGCGUGUCUUCCAGCAGUCUAUUCAACAGAGGCUCGAAAUGGUCCUAGACAAGGCGACCACCAUCUCCUCGCUCGCAUUCCUGCGUUCGCUACACGCAUCGCGCACCUAUAUUGGCGCCUUAGUAGAGGACCUCAAGACGCAUGGACUGACGGAGCAUCCGGAGCCGUGCUCUGCCCAAAUUGCCCAGACACUAGACCAGCAGCUUGAGGAGCUCUUCAUCCCCUACCUGGUUGGCAACUCGUACAUUGACCGCGAGAGGAAGAGUCUGGAAGAGAUGUAUAACUCGCUACUUUUCAAGUUCACCAUCUACCACUCUCGGAGGAAAAAGGCGCCAACCGGUUUCAUGGCUGCCAUCGCCCAGCAGGGAACACAGCUGAUCGCCUCGGCCAAGGAUGCCUACAUGGAACGGCUGGAGUCGUCCGAUCUCACCCCGACCCAGAAGCGCAUGAUGCUUCGGGUCGCCGGUAUCCAAGACAGCAGCAGCAACAAGAACGACAUUGAAGUAUCGGAGCAGGACGGGAUGCUCAGCGUCGACUACGCCAAGCGCAUGAUUCUCUGGCUGGCCGAGAGCGUCCGCCGCACCCUCGAGAUGAGCUCGGCAAGCGACACGCCCAAGGACGUCAGCACCCUCCUCAACCUCCUCCUCACCAGCAUGGGCCAGGUCUACGUCGACACGGCCCUCGACGCCGCCCUCGACCAGGCCACGGCGCAGGAAUCGUCCAAGGUCGAACCCGACCUGGGCUACCUUCCCAACCUCCGCCCCGCCGUCACCAUCACCAACCUCAUGUCGCGCUUCAUCACCACGGUGCUCAUCCGCCUGGCCGAGUCCAACACGACGGUCCGCCGGAGCAUGGAGGCGCAGGCCAAAGUGGCCAUCGAGAACACGGAGCGCAAAGCCAACGCCGUCAUGAAGAGCACCCUCGACGUGGCCGUCAACUGGGUGACUAAGCUGCUGGCCCAGCAGAAAAAGCUCGACUUCCGCCCCAAGGACAGCGACCUCGAGCAAGGGCUGGUCUCGGACACCCUGCAGACGCCCGUCUGCCAGGCCAUAUGCACCUUUCUAUCGGCCAAGGUCUACUCCGCAGCCCGCCAGGCCGUCGACGGGCACAACCUGGAGAUUUUCUCCUCGGAGCUCGCCCUCGCCGUCCACCGUUCGUUGUUUGACCAUUUCAAGAAGUUCCAGGUCAACGCCACGGGCGCGUUGGUGGUGACCAAGGACAUUGCCAAAUAUGUCGAGACGGUCAAGCAGUGGCCGCUCACCAAGGAGGUCGAGCGGAUCGUCGAGGUCCUCAUCGAGGUCGGGUACCUGUUUAUCAUUGGGCCCGAGGCUCUCAGGGAGCGGUCUAGAAAUCUGGCCUCGUCGUCGUCAUCAUCAUCGGCGAAAUCCUCAUCGGCGUCGUCGUCGGUAGGGGCGGCCGAUGCUGACGGCGCCAGGCGCCUGCUCAAGGCCGACUUCAAGGCCUUUGUCCAGCGGCGCGAGGACGCGAGCACCGUCGGCGUGCAGAGCGUCUUGGCCGGGUUGUGAUGAUGAUGAAACGAUGCUGUUUGGUUUACGCAGUUUACGCCAGUUACAUAGAUACACUCUGAGGGGAUGCCCUGGGUGGCUGGGAAAGGGAGUCCUUAUGUCGACGUCUUGCUCGGAGUGGUGCUGCUGUCACCCGCAGCGGGUGGCUGUGUAGCUGACGGAAUGUAUAUAACAAGCCUGUUUUGGGAUGGUUGCACUAGUUAAUGAUACCAGAGAAGUUGUUGAUUGCGGUUGUCUGCCACUAAAUGGGACAUAUUCUAGCCUUUUUGAUGAGCCACCCGAGUCUAUUUCAUGGCUUGCCAAAAUGAGU